AUGGAAGUACUAAGACGUUAUCAACUAGAACCAUUAAAAGAAGAAGAGCAACGUAUUUGUUCUUCAUUAAUAAAAGUUAUGGAGUCUCAAAAUGAAGAAGUAACAAAAAAGUAUUUUGAUUGGUUUUGGAAAGAAGAGAAUCAAGUGAUUAUUGAACAGAUUGUGUACAAAGUUCAACUUUCGUUUUUCACUCAAUAUUUAUAUUUCAAUUAUCUUCCAGUGAGAAGAACAGCUACUGAAACAAUAUUACAAGUACUAAAACAUAUGAUUAUUGUGGAUAAUAAAAAAUUUAUAAUGAGAUUAAUGAGUGAGAAUGAUGUUUUUUUACAUGAAUUUGUUUUUAUUUUAGAAGACCCAGAAAUGAAAGAGUUUCAGACUGAUGUUAUUGGUAUUAUUCAAAGAUGUGCUUUUAUGGCUAUUUCAAGUGAGACAUUUAUUAAUUUAAUUAAACCAUUAACUGAGUUAUUAACAAUAACAAACCCAAAUAAUCGAAUUCUUAUUAGUACGCUUCAAACAUUACUAACUCCAUCUGAUACAAAGUAUCAAAUUUUAUUUGCUAAAUAUGAUGGAAUUAAUAAGUUAGUUACAUUGACUGAUCAAUCAAGUGAUUUUGAUAUUCGGUUUUAUUCAAUGGAACUUCUUAAGGGAAUGAUAAAAAAUAGACAAGAAAAUAUACGAAUGGCAUUUAAUAAAAGAAUAUUUAAUACAAGAAUAUUAAAUGUGUUAAUUAAUAUUUUAAAUUCUAGAGAAGAUAAAUUAGUUUCACAAGCAUUAGAAUUGGUAGAUUGUUUCUCAUCUAUUCCACAAAACAUUGAACAAAUGUUGAAUUCUGAUAUAUUUUAUUAUUUGUUAGAGUUUUUGACAUUUCCUUUUGAACAAGGAGUAGAUAAAUAUUCAAUAGAAGCAGUAUUACAUUCAUUAUUACAAAUUAGUGUUGUUCGUCCUGUUGUAUUAAAAUUAGCAGAUGUUGGUUUACCAUUGAAAAUAAUUAGUAUAUUAGAGGCACAUUCAUUUUUUACUGAGAAAGGUAUUGGAUGUGUUUGUGAUUUGAUAAGUAAUCUUUGUAGAUUCAAUGAACCAAGACAACAAUUCGUUCAAUAUGAAUUAGCAAAAACAUUACAAAGAGUUAUUGAAGAUGAUUCAUUAGAUGAAUAUACUAAAGACAGUCUUGUUCAAUUAAAAAGAAGGUUUGAUAAUAUACAAAUGAAAGAAGACUUGUUAAAGUCAGUUCAGAGUAUAUGUACUUCAUCUUCUAUUGAGAAGAAACAAUUAAAUAAUAUACAAGAAUUAUUAUCGUGUAUUGAAGAAGAAGGAAAUCAAACUAAAGAGGAAUUAAAUGAAGAUGAUGUUAUGAAUGAAAUCUAUAAUGCUGUUGAUGAUAUUCCCCUAAGUGAAGAGUUAAAAGAUAUAAAAUUAGAUAGUAUUCAACGACCAAAUAGUUUAUCUAAUCAAAUUGAUAAUACUCCACAUAAUCUCCUAAAGACUACAAAAGUACAAAACGAAAAUGUUACACCUAUAAAUGAUAAUAAAGAAAUUAAUGAAGAAAAUAAUAUCAGUAAAGAGGAAGUUUCAAUAAAGGAUAAUGAAAAAAGACAAACAAUGAGAACAGGGACUAAGAAAAAGGUUAAUGUUGUAGAAAGAAUGAUUCAAGAGCAAAAAGAGAAAGAAACAACAACAUUUAGUAAGAGAAAUCAUGGAAGUAAUGAUGGAAGACAAAAUUUCUUAUCACAUCAACGAAAUGAAAAUGGUAAUAUGAAGAAGAAAAUUAAUAUGGAAAAGACAGGAAGAAUGGGAAGUGAAGUUAUGAAUAUUCCAACAAUGACAACAAUUGCACAGAAUCAAACAAGUCUUAAUAUUAGUUCAGACAAUGCUAAAAUAUUAGCUGAUUUAAAUUUAAAGAAAGUUACUCGAAGACAUGUUAUACAAGAAAUGUAUACUACAGAGAAGACAUAUGUACAACAAUUAAAUCAAAUUACUAAAGAAAUUAUGCCAGUAAUGAAAAAAAUAAUGAAAGAUGAUGAAUAUCAAGAAUUAUUUAAUAAUAUUGGAGAAAUUUAUGAAAUCCAUAAAACAUUAUUUAAACAAAUAGAAGAACGAUGGGAAGAACAAAAAGACAUUCCAUUAAUUAUUGUUUCUGAUAUUUAUAAUAAAUUUUUUAGUGAUCAAAAGACAUAUAAUAUUUAUAUGGAAUAUUAUACUAAAGCAGACUCAGGACUUAAUUUUAAUUAUCAACAAUGUUCACCUGAGGUUAUGAAACAAGCACUUGAAUUUAAACAAAAGAGAAUUCCAAUAGAUCAAUUUUUAAUUCAACCAAUUCAAAGAUUACCACGAUAUGUUUUAUUAUUAAAAGAAUUAAUUAAAGCUACACCAGAAAUUAUUAUUGAUGAAUAUAAUUCACUUAAACAAGCACAAUCAAAAUGUGAUAAAAUUACAACUGAAUUUAAUUUAGCAACAAAGAAAUUAAGAAGAAUAAAACAAUUAGAAGUAUAUAAAAACAGUAUUGAAGGAUUUAAACAUGAAGAAAAUCAAGAGUUUAUUAGAGAUGGUCAAAUUGUUAUUAAAUAUAAAAAGAGAAAGACAUUAUGUACUGUUGUUUUAAUGAAUAAUGUUUGUUUCUUCCUUACAAAGAAGAAACAAAUGUUUCAUAAAAUCAUUGAAGUUUACUUUGAUAAAGUUACAGGAGUAAUUUUAAGAGAACCAAAGAAAAAAGGAGAAUUGGAAUGGUUAAUUGAAAUUGAAUUUAUACAUGAUGGAGAUAUUAGUUCUGUAGUAAUGGUAAUGGGAGUUGAAUUACCAUAUCAAGAAUGGUAUAAUGACCUUCAUCAAUGCAUGACAAACUAUUAA